UUAAUUUUUUGGAAGGCUCGUUGUUAGCGGCUAUAAAGAAUCGGGGCAACCUUUGUUUGUUCGCAGUUUCAAUAAUACUUUGUUGAAUAUCGCAGCAUGUAUUUAUUCAAAUGGUUGAAGUGCCUAAUUUUGCUGCUGAUAGCCUUCUCAGGUACUGGAGCAGACCCCUUGGUUGUUGAGAUCCCUAAUGGAAAACUCCGUGGCAGGGAUAAUGGUCACUACAUCAGCUACGAAUCGAUUCCCUAUGCCGAACCUCCAGUAGGGGAACUACGAUUUGAGGCUCCUAAGCCGUAUAGUCAUCAGUGGGUGGAAAUUUUUAACGCCACUCAGCCACCAGUAUUCUGUUUGCAGUGGAACCAGUUCAGGGAGGAAGGCAGUAGGCUGGUGGGGAAUGAGGAUUGCUUAACCGUAAACAUAUACAAGCCCAAGAACCAAAGUCGGACUAGCUUUCCUGUUGUGGUCCUGCUCCAUGGUGGUGCCUUCAUGUUCGGUGGGACAGCAUUAUAUGGACAUGAUUACCUUAUGCGCGAAGGAACUUUGCUUGUGGUAAAAAUAAGCUAUCGCCUUGGACCCUUGGGUUUCGCGAGCAGCGGUGAUAGGGAUUUGCCAGGAAACUAUGGACUGAAGGAUCAACGACUGGCACUACGAUGGAUCAAGAAGAACAUUGCCAAUUUUGGUGGUAUGCCGGAUAAUAUUGUAGUCAUUGGUCACUCUGCAGGCGGAGCAUCGGCUCAUUUACAACUCCUGCACGAGGAUUUUAGCCAGUUGGCCAGGGCAGCCAUAUCGGUGAGCGGUAAUGCCCUGGAUCCCUGGGUUGUCCAGCCGGGCGGACGAGGUCGUGCCUUUGAGCUGGGUCGGAUAGUGGGCUGUGGACAGGCCAACGAUUCGGCGGAACUUAAACGCUGUUUAAAAUCCAAGGCGGCCAGUGAAAUAGUUACCGCCGUUCGAAGCUUCCUCGUCUUCUCAUACGUUCCCUUUUCUGUAUUUGGUCCUGUGAUUGAGCCUGCAGAUGCUCCAGAUGCAUUUCUCACUCAGGAUCCAAGGGAUGUGAUUAAAAGCGGCAGAUUCGCACAAGUUCCUUGGGUUGUAACAUACACCACUGAGGAUGGAGGCUAUAACGCUGCUCAACUGUUGGAGAAGAAUAAAACAACCGGUGAAACCUGGAUUGAUAAACUCAAUGAUCGGUGGUUUGACUGGGCUCCUUACUUGCUCUUCUACCGCAACUCCAAGGAAACCAUUAGGGAUAUGGAUGAGUUAUCUAAAAUCCUCAGACAGCAGUACUUAGGAGAUCGGCGAUUUUGUGUGGAGAGCUAUUGGGACUUGCAGCGGAUGUUUACCGAUAUUCUUUUUAAAAAUAGCGUACCAAUUUCCUUUGAUCUUCAUCGAAAAUAUGGCAAAAGUCCUGUCUACUCGUUUGUCUACGAUAAUCCUUCUGAUUCCGGAGUGGGUCAGGUGCUCUCCAAUCGCACUGAUGUCUAUUUUGGUACCGUCCAUGGAGAUGACUUUUUCUUGAUCUUUAACGUUGGUACACUACGAAAAGACAUUCGACCAGAUGAAGAAGUUAUAUCAAGAAACUUCAUAAAGAUGCUGGAGGAUUUUGCACUUGACGAUAGGGGAACUUUGAAAUUUGGCGAGUGCGAUUUCCAGAAUAAUUUGGACAGCAAACAAUAUCAAGUGCUGCGAAUAACACAAAGCGGUUGUAAGAAUGAGCAAUUAUAUUAGUUUCC